UGUAUUCCUCACCUUCUCCCUCGAGCUCUCCACCGUCUGCACCAAAGGCGACGAAGCGAACGCCGGCGCUCGACCCUACCGCCAGGACUAGAGAGGAGAUCGACGUUGAUGGCGGAAACCCAUUUUUUCUCACCAAAAGCGGGUUUGACGCCGACGAAUCUGUCAUAUCCAAUUCAAUUGCACUAAAAUCCGCUAUUCGAGGAGUCGACGUCGCGGACAAAGCUUGGCCGGACCGCAGCCGAACCAGAACACAGCAAAGCAAGAUACCACAGCUGUCCUAUCCCCCCUAUCCGCAUACAUCGCCCUCACUAAUUUCACGUCACAGGCGGCGGGCUUCGUCUUCCUCCAGCACGCCCCCAUCUUCAGUACCCACAUUUCCGGAAGCGGUGGAUGAGCCAUUAUUUCUAGGGACGGAAAGAGAAUGGGAGAGACGGAGGGAGAGAACGGUGGCGAGAUGUACGGGAACCCAGACUCCAAGACAAACGCGCACACGCGUCAAGCUGUACGUUGAUCCAGAGGAUGACUACGAAGAUAAAAACCAAGCGCGCAGCUCGGAAGCCAGUGAAUACACCGCUGGAUUCGACACCCCAUACAUGCCCAGCUCGACCUCUGCGAACAAAGUCCGGUGUUUAACUUGGCUUAGCCACGUACCGAGGAGCUCGGAAUUGGGUAAUAAAGAAGAGGGUCAAGAUCAAACAACAUUGUAAG